AUGGACUAUCAUAUUAAUUUCAUCACUUCAUGGUUGAAAGAUGGAUCCUCACAUAUGGCGGAUAUACUCACUAUUUAUGGCAUAGGCGGGAUCGGGAAGACAUCUUUAGCCAAACAUAUAUAUGGGCUAUAUUGUCAUGAAUUCCAGAGAAGCAGCUAUAUUGAUGAUAUCACUAGGAAAUGUAAUGGAAAUUUUAAUGGGUUGCUUGAUUUACAAGAACAACUCUUCAAUGAAAUUUCCAAAACAAGUUCAAUAAGAUUUCAUGAUGUAUCAAUAUACACCACAAGGAUAGAGAAUGCACUAGCCCGUAGAAGGGUCUUUCUAGUUCUUGAUGAUAUCACCACUCUUGAUCAGUUGGAUUCAUUACUUGGAAGCAAAGGUUUUCAUCCCGGAAGCAAAGUUAUAAUAAUAACAAAGGACUCAUGGUUGACAGAAAGUUGUGCACUUUUCAAAACAAACAUUAAACCCAACCAUGCAAUGCAUUUCCUUGAAGGAUUAGAUGAGAUUCAAUCACAACAGCUUUUGUGUUCUCAUGCAUUUAGGUGCAACUAUCCCAAGGCAGGUUAUGAAGAGGUGUCAGAUAACCUAGUGAAGUAUUGUCAAGGACAUCCAUUAGCUCUUAAAGUUUUGGGUAAGUCUCUACAUAAUCAAGAUGUAGCUUACUGGGAAGGGUGCAUAGAAGGUCUAAUGAAAGAAACAAAUUCUCGUAUAAAUAAUGUAUUGAGAAUGAGCUUUGAUGCUUUACCAUGUAACAAUGAUAAGGAGUUGUUUAAGCACAUUGCUUGUUUUUUUGUUGGAAUAGAUAAAGAUGUUAGUGAAACAAUAUUAAAUGCAUGUGAUAUAAAUACAAGAUCUGGGAUCACAGAUCUCGUUGACAAAUGCCUUCUUAGUAUAGGACUGAAUAAUGAAUUGAAGAUGCAUCAGUUGAUUCAAGAGAUGGGAAGAUGGGAAGUACGUCAAGAGUCACUUGACAAACCAUGGAAGCAAAGUCGAUUAUGGUGUCAUGAGGAGUCAUUUAGAGUGUUAAAACAAAAAAAGGGAAAGGGAAAUGUUCUAGGCCUUGCUCUUGACAUGCGCAUGAUUGAGAAAGAGAAGUUGGGUGCAUCAUUUGAGCUGAAAACGGAUGCAUUUAGUAACAUGGAUAAUUUGAUGCUACUACAACUUAAUUAUGUGCAUAUGAAUGGGUCUUAUGAGAACUUUCCUGAGGAAUUAAGAGGCUUGUGUAUGCAUGGGUUUCCUUUAAAGUCUAUAUCUUUAGACUUACCGAUGAUGAAUUUGGUUGCUCUUGACAUGUCAUAUAGCAAUAUUGAAUCAUUUGUCGGUUGUGAUAGUAAUCCACGGCUUGACAAGAGGCAAAAGUGGGACAGAUCACGCUUAAAAGACAAUAAGCUACUUGGAUCAUUGAAGAUUCUUAAUUUAAGUUUCUGUAAACAACUUCGUAGUCUUGGUGAAUUUGAGCAACUUCCUACACUUGAGAGGUUAAUAGUUAGAAAUUGCAUUAGUUUGGUUGAGGUCUGUGAAUCAAUUGAGAAAUGUGUUGACCUUGCCUUCAUCGAUCUUAGCUACUGCAAGAAGAUUGAAAAACUUCCGAGAAUCAUAAGCAUGUUGAAGAGUGUUAAGACAAUGUUGCUAGAUGGUUGUAGUCUUGGUAAAUCUCGUAUCCAGAUUAGGGAUAUGGAUUCACUGGAAUUGUGCAAAGGUAACAACAUUAGCAUAAACAAAAGGACCUAUUUCUCUACCUUUGAGGGUGCCAUACCAAGUGAUUUGAAGUUCUUUGCAAUGUCUUUACCGAGGACUUUAGUAAGGUUGUCACUUGUAAAUAGCAAUUUGUUCACUGAAUCCUUUCCCAUGGACUUCAGUUGUCUAUCCAUGUUAAAGGAAUUAUACUUAGAUAGCAAUCCCUUCGAUUCCAUGCCCAGUUGUGUGAGAACCCUUCCUAUACUUGAGAUACUUAGUAUGGAGAAUUGUACAAAAUUGGAGUUAGUUGAGUGCCCUCCACGCACUUUAAGAGCAUUGUUGUUCGAUUCUGAUGAUCUGGUUAAUGUAAAAAAAGUUUUAUUUGAUCCGGAAAUGUCCCCACUAGAGUUACCAUUUACCUUGAUAACUGUUGAACGUUGGUUGUAUGAAAUUGAGGGCAUUGUGAAAGUCCAAGAAAUAGUAGGUGUUGAGGAAAAGGUAUUACAUAGAUUGGGCUGGGCUGAUUUAGAAUUCCAUAAUGAAAAGUGUGUGGGAAGUAAUUCUUCAUCAGAACUUGGAAUCCAGACGAUGUUUUAUGAAUUUGGAAUAUUCAGCACAAUGUUUGAGGCAGAAGAGAUACCAAGUUGGUUUAGGCAUAGAAGCAUGGGUCCAUCAAUAUCAUUUACCAUCCCAUCAUCAUCAUCUCCAAACAACCUCCUUACAGGAAUCAACUUUUGCUCUCUGCACACAGAGAAACCUACCGAUGAGUGGCCUCUACUUCCAGAUGAUAAUCCGCUCCCUUUUCCUCCAAUAAUGACAAUUAGUAAUAUAACAAAGAACCGCAUGUGGAUAUACGAACGUCACUUGGAAAAAAUUGUGGAAAAUGGAAAGGGUUGGGUGUUGUUAAGUCAUUGGAUGUUUGGGAUGAAUGAGAUGGACGUUGGUGACUAUGUUACUAUUACUGUUACCCUGCCGUUUUUUAAAUUUGUAAAGGAGUGUGGGGUGAGUCUUGUAUAUGCUAAUGGAGAAAACAAUGAUGAAGAAGAUGCAUUGGGUUAUUACAAAUCAUGGAAUCACAUAAUUGGUGGAGAUCUCUCUCAUUUUCAAACAACAACAGGACAAUACAUCCUAAACUACUAUCGAUUUUUUCUUCCUUACAUAAAAUUGUAUCCCUAUCACCGUAAAUUCAUUACGGAUGGCCCCGACUAUCAAGGACAAAAGAAAGGGUCCUGGUUUAGAGCUUUAUCUCAAAGGAAUCCUGGAUUAAUUGGUAGCAGACGUGAGGGUAAGGGGGAAUCUUCAACGUUUCAUUAUUCACCUGAAAGUGCUUGAGAAAGAGAGGCUGCAUGCAUGUAACCGAACUACUCUGAAUCAAUCAUGUGAAACUCUAUGAGUUCUAUCCUAAUUUUCCACAAGAAUUAAGAUAGUUUGCUCGUUGUCACACUUGGUGCCCAUAUGUGAAAUGUUCUGGGCUUUUGUUUUCAUAUAUUUUUUUUUAUUUAUCUUUGAUUGCGAAUGAUAGGUGAUAAACAAUAUUUAAUGUUACUAUAUUAGUUUUUAAAUGUAUGUUUGUAUGUGUGUUAUCUCUCGGCCCUUUGCAUAUCUCGCCCAUUCUUUGUAAUUUGUAUUUUAUAUGUGUGUAUAAUGAGAAGGGUAAAGAGACAGGAAGAUAAAUUGAUUUCAGUUAAUACAUGUGUGAGGAACAUGAUGCGUCUUUGUCAUCGGCAAUUGCCGCCACGAAACCCCACCAUGAACUACCAGCCGACAUCAGUGUUAAGUUGCCUUGAAUUUAAGUAGUAUUAUAAAAUUGUGGUAUGGCCAUUAAAUUUCUGCUCAUAUUGAGGACUUAAAUAAGCUUCUUAGAUGCCCUAGGAUAAGACAUUCAACAGUAAUUAGAUGUAUAUCUAUGGUACAUGUUUAAGAACUUGAAUAUACUUGUGGGUUGCUAAACAGUUUGAAACUUUCAAUAUUGGCAACACGGAGUAUCUUCAUCUCAUUUCUUUUCUGGAUAAUUAAUCAGAAAUUUGUAAACUAUUUAUUUGAAUUCAUAAAAGGG